GUGAGGGGCCUGGGGUCCCCCUCAGAGCUUGCACCAGGAAGGGGUGUAUGGCCUGAUAAGAGAAGCGCCGUGGCUGGCACCUGUGGUGAAAUGUGCCCACAGGUUGGUUGAACAGUCUGCCUGUGGUGGCACAUCCCGUGCCAAUCCGCGGAGGGGGUGGGUAACUUGUCCGUGUUUGGAGCAGGCAGCAAAACGGCAAGUGUCUAGGGGGGUCACUGGAAUGGGUAGGUGUGCAUCUGAAAGUGUGUGUAGCGAAGGCCCCACGUCUGCGUUUUGCUUCUUUGCCCCCCUCCCCUUUCCUCUUGUUAGCUGGGCUCCUGCCACAGGCUAAUGCCUAACUAGGGUUCCAAGAUGGUCUGCUCCCUGUCCCCCAUUCUUCAAGUUACUUGCCCUCUCUCCAGUAUUAAAAGUGGCUACUUUCCCCCUGGAUCAUUCACAACAGUGUAAGAACAUGCUUUGCCACUGCUCCCCUCCAUUUUAUGGCCCCCUUUUUUGCCUUCAUCCCUCAUUCUCCCCUAGCUAAAGACACACUUCUCCACUUCCCUUCACAGCAAAACUUCUCCAGAGAGCUGUCUGUACCUGUGGUCCCUGGGUUCUGCAGCUCACUUGACCUGGCUCUGGUCCCACCGAUUCACUGAAACUACCAAGUAAAGGUCUCCCUUGAUUUACACUCCCCCACAAGUUCCUAGGAGGCGAGUGUGGACGGUAUGCAAAGUUGUGAAUCCAGUGGUGACAGUGCGGAUGACCCUCUCAGUCGUGGCCUGCGGAGAAGGGGACAGCCUCGUGUGGUGGUGAUCGGCGCCGGCUUGGCUGGCCUGGCUGCUGCCAAAGCACUUCUGGAGCAGGGCUUUACGGAUGUCACUGUGCUUGAGGCUUCCAGCCGCAUUGGAGGCCGCGUACAGAGCGUGAAGCUUGUAACUGAUGGUUUAAUUAGAAGCAGCCCAGGAAAGAGAAGACACAAAAAAGAGAAAUGCCCAGUUCCUGGGGUGAGGGGACACGCCACCUUUGAGCUGGGAGCCACGUGGAUCCAUGGCUCCCACGGGAAUCCCAUCUAUCAUCUAGCAGAAGCCAAUGGCCUUCUGGAAGAGACAACUGAUGGGGAGCGCAGUGUGGGCCGCAUCAGCCUCUACUCCAAGAAUGGCGUGGCCUGCUACCUCACCAACCAUGGCUGCAGGAUCCCCAAGGAUGUGGUUGAGGAAUUCAGUGAUUUAUACAACGAGGUCUAUAACUUGACCCAAGAGUUCUUCCGGCACGGUAAACCAGUCAAUGCUGAGAGUCAGAACAGCGUGGGGGUGUUCACCCGAGAGGAGGUGCGCAACCGCAUUAGGGACGACCCUGAUGAUCCAGAGGCCACCAAGCGCCUGAAGCUCGCCAUGAUCCAGCAGUACCUGAAGGUGGAGAGCUGUGAGAGUAGCUCGCACAGCAUGGACGAGGUGUCCCUGAGCGCCUUUGGGGAGUGGACUGAGAUUCCCGGUGCCCACCACAUCAUCCCCUCGGGCUUCAUGCGGGUUGUGGAGCUGCUGGCUGAGGGCAUCCCGGCCCACAUCAUCCAGCUGGGGAAACCCGUCCGUUGUGUUCACUGGGACCAGGCCUCGUCCCACCCUUGGGGCCCUGAGAUUGAGCCCCGGGGUGAGGGUAACCAUAAUCAUGACACUGGGGAGGGCAGCCAGGGUGGAGAGGAGCCCCAGGGGGAGAGGCAGGAUGAGGAUGAGCAGUGGCCGGUGGUGGUGGAGUGCGAGGACUGUGAGGUGAUCCCAGCAGACCAUGUGAUUGUGACCGUGUCGCUGGGCGUGCUCAAGACGCAGCAUGCCAGCUUCUUCCGGCCAGGCCUGCCCGCUGAGAAGGUGGCUGCCAUCCACCGACUGGGCAUCGGCACCACCGACAAGAUCUUUCUAGAAUUCGAGGAGCCCUUCUGGGGCCCCGAGUGCAACAGCCUACAGUUUGUGUGGGAGGACGAGGCGGAGAGCCACACGCUCACUUACCCACCCGAGCUCUGGUACCGCAAGAUCUGUGGCUUUGAUGUCCUCUACCCGCCUGAGCGCUACGGCCACGUGCUGAGUGGCUGGAUCUGUGGGGAGGAGGCCCUUGUCAUGGAGAAGUGUGAUGACGAGGCAGUGGCUGAGAUCUGCACAGAGAUGCUGCGGCAGUUCACAGGGAACCCCAACAUUCCAAAGCCUCGGCGAAUUCUGCGCUCAGCCUGGGGCAGCAACCCCUACUUCCGGGGAUCCUAUUCAUAUACACAGGUGGGCUCGAGUGGGGCAGAUGUGGAGAAGCUGGCCAAGCCCCUGCCAUACACGGAGAGCUCCAAGACAGCGCAAGGAAGCUCCUCAAAGCAGCUGCCUGGUCACCUUUUAUCUUCCAAGUGCCCAGAACAGUCCCUGGAACCUAAUAGAGGCUCCAUAAAGCCCAUGCAGGUGCUGUUCUCAGGUGAGGCCACCCACCGCAAGUACUAUUCCACCACCCAUGGUGCUCUGCUCUCUGGCCAGCGCGAGGCUGCCCGUCUCAUUGAGAUGUACCGAGACCUCUUCCAGCAGGGGACCUGAGGGCCUCCUCGCUACCGAGCGUGUUCCUUAAAGAACCACUAACUUGUGACUUUCAGCCCUGCCCCUUGCUGUUGUGUACUCCUCAUUUCCUAAUCCUCUGGAGAAUGGAUUUGUAUCUUUUGUAGAGCUAGACAUCUAAAUGGCUUCAGACCUGGCCCUGUAGCUUUUCCUUUUCUCCUUGCUGGGUGGUGACCAGGGUGGGGUCUGUUGAUUUACCUCUGUGCUCUGACCUCUGACCUCCCAUGCCUCCCCUCAUCUCUGAACUUGUUAUUGUAAGUGCCUUCAAUACUCUGCAUUUUGGGAUAAUAAAAGAGGCUUGCCCUUCCUGUGCUCCUCA